AUGGCCAGGAAACUGAUGGCAUCACUCAGCAGUAAUACUUGGUUUAGAGAAAAAAAUAACAAGAAGCAGGCAGAGGAGCAGCAGGCGAUUCCCUCUGAAGUAAGGAAUCCAGAAAAUGAGAGCCUCAAGUAUGGGCAAAAGGAAGAUACAGCUGAAACCGAGGAUGAAAGUAUUGACCAGAGCACUCAAUCAAUAUCAAAACCUGAAACUCUCAUCCUGGAAACAUCAAAAGAUCCUGUCGAGUCACACAAUGACCUAAUCAUCUCUGAAAUGCUCGCAUCCUUGUCAAUAUUAGAAGAGAAAGAGGCCACCGUAAUGAAAAAGCACCGUGCCAUGCGCCAUGGCAACAAAAUAAUUCACGGAUUAAGUGAAAUCUUUGAGCUAGAUAGUAACGAGCGGGGAAUGAUUGAAUUCUUGGAUGUGACCGCAGAAGAAGCGCCACCACCGCCACUACCUAUACAGGCCAAGCUCACAGCACAGGAGAGGAAGAGAGGCAAUAUCGUCCAGGAGAUCUUAAAUUCAGAACGGGACUAUGUUAAAAACCUACGCGAUAUUUAUGAGGGUUACUAUAAACAGUGUCAGAAAGCAAAGGAUUUGUUCCCUCACGCCCGACUGAAAACGCUCUUUUCCAACAUUGUGGAUAUCUACAAAACGCACAAGAAAUUGCUUCAGGAACUGGAAUGGCGUUACAAGCCAAACAAACCACAUUUGAGUGAGUUUGGCUCUUGUUUCCUUGACCAAAAUGCAGGCUUCUUGAAGUAUGCUGAAUAUUGUAACAACCACGUCAAUGCUCUUGCUGAAUGGGCUAGACUCAUUGUAGUUGAAAAAUAUGCUUACUUUUUUGAGGUUUGUCGAAGGCGUCAGCAAAUGAUGAGUCUCCCUUUUGAUGGGUUUCUCAUAAUGCCAGUGCAAAAGAUCUGUAAAUAUCCACUACUGCUGUCAGAACUGCUUAAAGCCACUCCACCUGAGCACAGGGAUUAUAAAAAUGUGGAAGCUGCCAUAGUUGCCAUGAAGAAAGUUCUCAAUGCGAUUAAUAAUCAGACAGCUGAUGAUAACGAAGACAAACUCACAAAAUUACAGAAUAUAAUUUCAGGUUGGCAGGACCUGUUACGCCGUAAUGCACUAUACUUCAAAGCAAGGAUCGACAUUGACAAAAGCAUAGUGAAGGAUGUGGAUGAUGGAAGGGAUGAAGAGUUUGACUGUCGGGUCAGAAAUGCUAUCAAACUUAAAAGCAAGUUUGAAGAUAAACCUAGCAAACUAUUUUUUACAAAGAAUCUCGCAGACAAACAAUUAUGGCUUCAUGCCUUUGAGCAGGAAAGAAAAGUAUCUGAAGGCGAGCUAGAAGCAGAAGAGAGCUACUAUGACUUUCCGGCACUGAACGUUUCGACUGUCACCCAGGAACAGUUGUCCUUUUUGGCUCAACCUAAACGCAGGCAAUCAAGCUUCUGGCGCAAAUUUGAGAAUAAACCAACGCCAAUUAAAGAGUGA